ACCUUUGACUCGUAUAUAAUUACGUACCGUUCAUAUGGCAAUAUCCCCGCAAGGCCAGCCCGCUAGGCCGGGCGGGCGGAGGGCUAAGGGAUAGGAGCGCUGGGGACCGGAUUGUUUUGGAGUCGAGUCGAGUAAGUUGGUUCUCGGUCUCUGUGUAGUUGGCAACUCUUGGAUCUUCACUUUUAGUGUGAAAUACAUGGUGAAACUCUUUGAAUUGUUCAUUAUCUACGAUCAGUGAUAUCCAGUAACCCAGCUUUCUGGCAACUUGAUGUCUUGGAAUCAUGGCCUCUCAAAAUCCCAUGCAGGUUUCUGAAUUGAUACUGAAAAAAGAAUGCGAGGAGUCGUGGAAGCAAGUGAAUAGGAACCAAGCUGUCCUACUAUCACAGCCAAGACAUGGACCUGUUGGAGAUUCACAGAAUGCUCUGGCUGCCAUUUCGCAAAUGAAAGCAAGAUGUCUUCAAGGAGAAAUUGAUGCUGUUAAAGCCAAAAAAGUUAAAGUGCUUCCCAAUGAUCCGGUGAUUCUGGAGUCCUUGUUGAAGGAGGAUCUGGAGAGGAAUGUUUCUCAGCUGGAGGAGUGUCUAUCUGUGGUGGAAGGGAGACGGAGAGAGCUGGAGGAUGAUCUAGCGAGGCAGAAGGAGUUAUUGUCCCAGCAUCAGGAUAUGAACAGAGCUUUAGAAUCUAGACUGAGGGAAGCUGAGGAAGGAGGAAACACAUCGAGGCCAAAUGAAGAUAGCCAAAUAAAGAUAUUGAAGAGGAAGCAGAAGAAGGCUGGUGAAAUCCAGACUGUUCUCUUGAAGCAGAUUGGAGACUUUGUUGGAAACCAUUUUCCCUUGCCAAAUGCAUCCAAAGGCAGACAGGCAGGACAGAUCAAUUACAUAUCACUCCUAGAGAUAAUUGAGCUCUUGAUGAACAAAGGAAUGGAUGGUGAUACGGACCCAUACGUCUCUAUACAUGAAGCAUUUUGGCCUCCUUACAUAGAACUCUUACUCCGCUGCGACAUAGCAUCACGACACCCGCAAGAUGCCAGCCGCAUCAGACUGGUUCCUCUUCAUCUCUAACCUGUUGGUUCAUAGACUCUAAAGAGCUGGAGUGCUAUAAAACUUUCGAAGAAUUGAUCAGAUUGGUUCAUCUCCACUUCUUAGUCUGUUUGUCCAUAGAUUCUAAAGAGCUGUAGUGUUACAAAUCAUGGCAUGAACAGAGAAUGUUUGUGAUCGGAUUCUCUUCAUCUCUUUGUCCAUAGACUCUAAGAGCUGGAGUGCUUCAUUUCUGAGGCAGUUUUUAUGUUUAUACAUGUACUAUCUUUAUUGUUUGUGUUUGCUGGAUAUCUGAUUUUAAAAAUAUGAAAGGAGUAUUACAAUUUCCCCAAAUGGAUGCACAUGCCAGCUAUCGAUACCAGGGCCCCAUUUCACAAAAGUUGCUUCUGAUUUGUAAUCAGCAGAUUUGUCACCGAUUUUUGUCAUUGACAGAAAAGGUUUGUGAAAUGGGUCCCUGGUCAGUUGCAAAUAUGACCAGUGACUGUUACAUUCCAGUGGUUCUAUUUCUUCAGGUCAUCAUCUAUUACCAAUGCAUGAUGGUAGUGCAAACAUUAAGAGUGAAAUUUAUAACUACAUGUACAAGACAGUUACUGUAAUACAACGAGUAUAGGAAUGUAAUGUUUGGGAUGUUCAUGAUAAGCUUGUGUACCGGUAACUAAAAGUUAACACACAAUUUAUCAACUGAAAUUUACUGCUUCCAUGGUUCAUUUUAAUAACGCUGGGUCAUUCAUAUAUUGUAAUUAUCUGAAGGCUUGUUCAGAAAUGGCACGGUGUACUGCAGCAACAAAGCCACAAUUUUGUUUUGAAAUGUAAAAUGAAUGGCAACUGUGCACCACAAAGGACUUGAGGGUAUUCACUUAGAUGCAUCACUGAGCUCUUUGUUAUAAGAUCCAGAAACAUGAAGCAAAUCUCACGUCAUUAACAAAAAAACUGGCACGGUUUUGCCACCUUCUAUCUGAAAGAGCAUUUAUGUUUAUAUGAAUCUUUACACAUGCUCGAUUAUAACAAUGUUUUACACAUAAUCUUUUACAAAAAUUUGUAGUUUAUUAUUGAAGGUUUGAUGGGUCUUGCUUGCUCUGUGUUUUCUUUGAAUCACAGAGAGCUAGAUGUCCAGUUGACUGACAGUCCGUGAGACAGAUGUUGUGGGUCUUGUGCGGUUUCUGACAACUCUUCCAAGGCUCAAAAAGCUUAACAUUGUGGGUCAUGUUGGAUGUAGAAGUAGAAGCUUACAUUUGAUAUAAAAUUUUACACAUUCCUAAAGUUUAUAUUACUAAUCCUGUGGGUCUUUUUGUUCUUCACAAUUUCCUGUGACCAGAAUCCUAUGGCAUUUGAUUAUCUACCACACAAUUUAAACACUAUGGAUAAGGGAUGGGGGAGGGGGUUGUGUGUAUUAGACCACCCGUAACCUAAAUAUUUUGGUAAUCGAAUUCAUUAUGCACAAAAAACAAGUCUUUAUGAACAAUAUGGAUAUUGAACUUCUCUGUAGAUAUUGUACAUUUUCAGAAUAAGAAAGCAUCUUUGUAAAUAAAAUGCCUAUCUUGUAGUAUUUUUGCACGUUUGUUACUUGCAAAGAUAUGUGGUUACAUACUUUCUACACUA